AGGGUGUGAUCAGAUACUAGAAGUGCCUCCCUAGUAAGAACUUACUACUUACUACGUACGUACGUUAUCGCUACUCAAUACUAUCCCUUAUCAUCACAUCACAUCACAUCACAUCACAACCAAGACAUUUCCGUGUGAGACCUUAAUCAGCAUCAUACUUCAUAAAAUUCACUUGACCAACGUGUGCACACAUACCACAUCGCAGCAAUUUCAUAGUAAAAUCUCAGCUAUAGAUGAUAUGAUUGCUCCUCAAUACCCAUCACGGCAAUGAAUAGAUCAGCAUCGUCUACCGGCAUUGCAUUUCCACUUCCAGGAUCUCCAGGGUCUUCAUGGGCCAUGUACCGUGCAAGAUUUAAGGCUAUUUUUCAUGGCGCAGAUACUUCGGUUUUGAUGGCUUUUUGGUUAUUUGGUAUGCUACCGUCAUUCCUCUUGGGAACUGGCCACGACAGAUCAUCGUCGUGGGGAGCGUCGCACAAUUUUCAUAGGGUUAACUCUUUUAUAGGUCUUAUCAAUAAUGUGCUUUACGUUAUUAUCUUGUCUGCCGCCCUGGAUUUGGUCGGUAAGUUUCUUCCCCUUUUCCUUUCGAUGCGCAACCCAUUCUGUACCCAGUACCAUCUGCAGUCGCAAUGAUAAUACCAAUCACUAAUAUUUCUUCCUUCAGGUCCAAGUAUUCCAAAAUCCGUCGUUCUCCUCGCAGAUGUUAUGCCUUCUUUCGUAACUAAACUCAUCGCUCCAUAUUUCAUCCAUAAAAUUCCCUACUGGAUUCGAAUCCUUAUAUUCUGCGGUUUAUCAUCUGGAGGUAUGCUCCUAAUAGCAUUAACACCCACCGACAAAUCCGUAUCAACAAAAUUAUUUGGUGUCAUACUUGCUAGUCUGAGUAGUGGUGGUGGAGAAUUGAGUUUCUUAGGUCUCACACAUUACUAUGGACAUUUCAGUCUUGCAGCAUGGGGAAGUGGAACAGGAGGGGCAGGUUUAGCGGGAGCCGGAUUAUACGUUCUUUUGACUACCAUUAUUGGAUUAUCAGUCAAGACAAGUCUUUUGGCUUCUGCAUUCUUGCCUUGCAUAAUGCUCCUUUCUUUCUUCGUUAUCUUACCUCGAGGUCCAUUGAAAAGAGCAUCUAUUCGAAAAGAUUAUAAUUCCCUACCUGGAGAAGAUUCGCUUAACGGACCCCUCACAGCUUCUGAUAUUGAAGAUCUACCAGCUGAUUCCGCAGCAGUCUCUUUACUUGCUCCUGGUCCAGCUAUCACAUCAGAAGCUUACUCUUCACACUCUCCUCGUCCCUCUUCCCCAACACUCUCUCAUGAUUCAUCCAAAUCUACAUUUCUUUAUAACUUCCAUCGUGCUUCUUCUCUUUUCUUUCCCUAUAUGCUCCCUCUUCUUCUCGUUUACAUAGCCGAAUAUACCAUCAAUCAAGGUGUCUCUCCUACCCUCCUCUACCUUACCCCUUCCCCAGGAAACCCAUUUUCCACCUAUCGUUCCUUUUACCCGACCUACGGCUUCAUUUAUCAACUUGGCGUUUUCAUUUCUCGCUCCUCUACCCCUUUCUACCGAAUUCACAAUCUUUAUCUUCCUUCCUUCCUUCAAAUCGCAAAUUUAUUCCUCUUAAUCUCUCAAGCAUUAUGGUUUUGGAUACCUAGCGUAUAUAUUAUCUUUAUAAUUAUAUUUUGGGAGGGACUCUUAGGAGGGGCGGUUUAUGUAAAUACUUUUGCGGAGAUUAUGGAGAAGGUAGAUGAGGCGGAUAGAGAAUUCAGUUUGGGAGCUACGAGUGUUAGUGAUAGUGGGGGAAUUUGUGUAGCGGGGUUUUUGGGUAUGGUACUUGAGGUUGGAUUAUGUCAGUGGCAGGUUGAGAAGGGAAGGAGUUGGUGUAGAACUGGGUAGUGGUAUAGGUAGAAGAGUAGAUGAGUAGAUGUUGAGUAGAGGAGUUGGAGAGGUGGUUUAGAUAGAGAAAGAGGAAGAGGAAGAAUAUAAGGGUAUGGACUAGAUGAUGGGAUUAUGAUGGCGUUUAGAAUUUUUGUUUGUAUAUGUAUAGAUACCUUUCGAUUUUUAGCUUUUUUUGGGAGGGGAUAUAUAAUAAAUGUUCAUCAAUAUCUUCGUUCAUAUCACAUUAAUAAGCUAGUGGUAGGAUUAUAACAAUUCUUCUUCUUC